UAGCCAAUCUUUGUUUGCGUGCUCAAAGACAUAGUCCCAGUCAGCCCUGGACGGUGCCAUUUUGCUGACUUGCUCUUGUCCUUUCUCUCUCUUCCUCUCUCUCUCUCUCCUCUCUUAUUACUUCAUACUAUACAUUAUAUUUGUCUUUCAACACACACACACUUUUUUUCUUUUUAGCUUUUUGGAACUUUCAGACCAUCUCUCUACAUACACUGAACAAUUCAAGAUUCCCGUCUUUUUUACUGUUUGAGUAUUUUUUUUUUGCUUGUUGCAACUACCCCAUGUUUCAAUUUUUUUUCAUUUUUUUUGUUCACUACCAUCUUUGACCCUGUAAAGGAACUAUCUUUAUCUUAAGGGGUUUAAGAUUGUGGGAAAAAAAAAGACUAUCUUGGAAGUGUUUGGACCAUUUUUUUGGUUCUUGGGUUUAUGUUGAUUGACUUGUAGAAGUGUUGUGAGUUUUUUUGGGGUUGUUGGUUUUGUGGGUAUUUGGUCAACCACUUUGGUGUAAUUUGGUGGUGCAUAUUUGAUCCUUUUGGAGGGUCAAAAAGGUUGAAGAUUUUUCUAGGGUUUAUGGAUGAUUAGGUGAUUCUGUUUAAGAUAAAAAUAUGGUUUCUAAAGAUCGCAAAAAAACUACUGGAUCUCCAAAAGUACAAGUUGGAGAGAUAGAUACAAGUGCACCAUUCCAGUCUGUCAAAGAUGCUGUUAACUUGUUUGGUGAAGGUGCAUUCUCAGGGGAAAAACCUGCAAUCAGGAAGCCAAGACCUCAGUCCGCAGAGAGGGUACUGGCAAAGGAAACGCAGCUUCACUUAACCCAGAAAGAGCUGAACAAGUUGAAGGAACAGUUGAAAAAUGCCGAAACCACUAGAGCUCAAGCACUUGUUGAGCUUGAAAGGGCAAAACGAACCGUUGAUGACCUCACAAAAAAACUUAAAAUUGUUUGUGAGUCAAAGGAUUUGGCUGUCAAGUCGACAGAAGCAGCAAAGAGUCAGAUGAGCAAACUUGAAGCACCAACUGAUGGGUCUGUUAUGGGGAAGGAUGGUUCUUGGAAUGUGGAUCUGGAAACUGCAAGAGAGAACUAUAUGGCUGAAAUAGCUAAUCUUGAUAAAGCAAAACAGGAGCUGAGGAAACUCCGCCAGGAUUGUAAUACAUUUAGGGAGGAAAAAACUGGCGCCAUUGAGCAGGCAGCAGAAGCUGAGCGUACUGCCAAAGCAAAUAUGGAAAGAGCUAGUGAGCUCUCCAAGGAAAUAGCAGCUGUCCACGAGUCGGUUGAUCAGCUGAAACUUGCCUGUGUGCAAGAGCGGGAAGAGGAAGCAAAGAUUUAUGCUGAAAAGAAUGUCCAGAAGCAGUCCUACAAGGCUAAACUUGAAGAGUCAGCGGAGAAGUUACGUGCUUUGAGGAAAGAGACUGAUGUGGAUUUAGCCAAGAGUCUCGAAGCACAGUUAGCUGAAAAAAUGUCUGAAAUUGAAACUUUGAAGAAAGAGAUGGACAGCGCGAAGUCUUCUGACCUUGAUAAGGUGAAAGUUGUUACUGCAGAGCUGGAUGAUGCGAAGGAAUCACUGCAUAAAGUCGCAGAAGAAGAGACUACUCUCCAAACCUUGGUGGAGACCCUUAAACUGGACCUUGAGAAUAUCAAGAAAGAACAUUCUGAUCUGAAAGAAAAGGAGGCAGAGACAGAAUCACUUGCCGGGGGUCUGCAUGUCAAGCUCCGGAAAGCCAAAUCCGAGCUUGAAGCAGCAAUUGCAGAAGAAGCCAAAGCAAGAGGUGCCUCUGAAGAAAUGAUCUCUACUCUCCACCAGCUGACCUUGGAGACUGAAAACGCGAAGCUUGAAGCUGAAGAGAUGAAAAUGCAAGCAGAAGUAUUAAAGAAAGAAGCUGAAGCCACUAGAGUGGCACUUGAAGAAGCAGAAAAGAAGCUUGAGGUGGCGAUGGAAGAAGCUGAAGAAGCAAAAUCAGCUGAGGCUAGGGCUCGUGAUCAAAUUAAGAUUUUAUCUGAAAAAACCACAGCUGCACGAACCUCAACUUCCGAGUCUGGUGCUUGUAUCACUUUAUCAAAGGAUGAGUAUGAAUCAUUGAGCCGUAAAGUUGAAGAAUUUGAUAAUUUAGCUGAAAUAAGAGUGGGAGCUGCAAUGGCUCAGGUAGAGGCCGUGAAAGCUAGUGAAAACGAGGCCCUCAAGAAGUUGGAGGCAACUCAAAAGGGGAUUGACGAUAUAAAAAUCGCUACUCAGGAAGCCUUGAAGAAGGCAGAGAUGGCAGAAGCUGCCAAGAAGGCUGUAGAAGGUGAGCUUAGAAGGUGGCGUGAGCGUGAGCAAAAGAAGGCAGCCGAGGCAGCUUCUCGUAUUCUUGCUGAAACACAUACGAACUACGGAUCAUCUCCUCAAAGUUACACAGUUCAGAAGGAGAAACCAUCGGAGAAAUUCGUGGAGUCACCAUCAAAGAUGCACCCACCGGUUGAAACCAAGAAGCAAAACACACAAGAGAAGAUAACGGAAACACGCAAGUUGCAGAAAGCAAUGACAUCAGUGUCAAAGAAGAAGGUAUUGAUGCCUAGUAUCAGUGGCAUUUUCCACAAGAAGAAAAACCAAGUAGAAGGAAGUUCUCCAUCAUAUCUUCCUGGCGAGAAGCCUGUUUGGUAGCACUUUUGCCAUAACAUUUUGUUCAAAAUUUGUGUGGUGGAUAGGAACUUGAUCAUUUUGCCAUGGAUUGUGUGUAUAUCUGAAACCUGUGGAGCAGCAAUUUUCUUUCCCCUUUCAUUUUUAGUA